AUGGGAGAAGACGGCGACGGAGAGAAAAAGGAGCGAAGGAAGAGUACAAGGGAAGGCAAGAAGGAUAGCAAAAAGGACUCCAAGAAAGAGAGCAAAAAAGAGAGCAAAAAGGAAUCCAAGAAGGAGAGUAAGAAGGACAGCAAAAAGGAAAGUAAGAAAGACAGCAAGAAGGAAUCCAAGAAAGAUAGCAAGAAGGAAUCCAAAAAGGAAUCCAAGAAGGAGAGCAAAAAAGAUUCGAAAAAGGAACCCAAGAAGGAGAGCAAGAAGGAGAGUAAGAAAGAGAGCAAACGAAAGGACUUGAAAAAGCGAAAGAGUACCAGCAAAAUAGUCAUUCCGGGACAGGAAUCCACAGUCUCCUUUAUCGAUCCCUCCGAACUCGUGGACUUGCCCGAUACGAAAGAAUUGGAGGAGCCUGCCGUGGAGGAUUUCACACCGGUACCAAUCGCUUCGGCUGGCAAUUCCAGCGCCGUUUUCGUGGAUAGCAGUGACGAUGAAAAACCAAAAGCCAGUACUAGCGCCGAAGAUGAUGAAAUCAAGGCUCUACUGGAGGGCCUGACGGAAGAUGCCAAUACGGACGACAAUAGUUCCUCCAGUUCCAGUAGCUCGUCCUCGAGUAAUUGGUCGAAACGAGAGAUUGAACUCCCUCAGAACUAUCUUGAUCACGUGGUCCUGGCCGCACCCGAGCUGUUUACGGCAAUCGAAGAAUUUGAAGAAAAGACGGGCAUUGAACCCAUCGUCUCGGGACAUAUAAGAGGACUGGGUAUCAAGACGGCUCGAGUGACAUUCGAAGGACCCUCCUUUCUCGAAAUCAUUGCCCCGGAUCCUGACAGUAAUGGGCCCAUCGGGACACUCCUUCGAUCCACAGGUCUCACCGGUUUGACCCCGUUUCAUUGGGCCAUUCGAACGUCGGACGCUGAAGCCAUGGUUCCCUCAUUGAGGAACAUUGGCUACACACCAGAUGUCAUUGGCAUGUCGGGAGCGAAUCAGGAUGGCACUCGACGCAAAUGGGAAAUGCUCUUUUUGUACGGCCACAGGCUGGGUGGUAUCGCGCCGUUCUUUAUCAAUUGGGGAAAUUCAGAACAUCCUUGCGAAACAAUGCCAAUUGUGGGAGACUUGGUUGGGCUGACGAUACGGGCUCCUCCGGAUGAUUAUAUUCACAAAAUGAUGGCACUUACUGGCUCUCAAGGAUUCAACUUGGAGAUUGGAAGUCCUCACUUUGAGAUCAAGUUUCAGUGCCCAAGUGGUGAGGUUUCCUUUGAAGCCGACAGAAUGGUAGGAUUUCGGUUCCCUGGUUUUGAAGACGAGUGCGGCCCUAUCGUUGGUCAUGCUGAAGAAGAAUUACCAGAGCUCGUUAUGCCCGCAAUGCCUGACAUGUUGGACUUGAAUGCAGAAUACGAUGGUGACGACUGA